UGAAAGUAAAAUAUUAGUUUGUGCAAUAAUGGGGCGGUGGCUUGAAAAACAGUUCGGAUGAUUGAGAUUGAUUUAUGAUAAAGAUUAAAUCUUUGACAAUCAAGCAGGAGGAUGAAUAGAGAUACAAGUACUGCGAUUUCCUGUUCUCAAAAAGUAAUCAAAUGUGAAGCUUGUAACAACCCUCUCAAAAAUUGUAAUUUCUGUAACAGUUGUCAAGUCAGUCUAUGCAAAGAAUGUAUAAACAAACGUGUUGAGAAGAACAAGUCAAUAACCAAUAAUGAGAUAUGGAUAAUUUUUCCAGAAUGUGAAUAUCACCCACAUCAUAGAUGUGAGGGUCAAUGUCAACAAUGUGACGUCCCUGUGUGUAUAAAAUGUAUCAUCAAAUCCCAUCAAGGACACACCCUGUUAGAUAUAGAAAAUAUAUACAAUGACAAGAAAGAGGAAAUCCAAAAGGAAACUCAAGAAAUCAAAUCCAAACUUCUCCCCAAAUGCACGAAGUAUAAUGAAGAUACAGAUGGAGAAAUAACCAAAUCCAUGGGAAAAUAUGUUGAACUCGAAAAAGAAAUAGAGAAACAAAGAAAAGUUUGGCACCAAGAAGUAGAUAACAUCUUCAAUAAACUGAGCUCCAUAACCCAGUCCAAAAAAGUUGAACAUCUGGAUGUACUGAAAUCACAUCAAAGCAAACUCAAAAACCUGAUUGCAGACAUGAAUGAAACAGUUAAAGAAAACCAGGAAAUGCUUAAGUCGAACAAAGUGUCCCAGGUCACCAGCUUUAAUUCCAGACUGAAAAAAUACAGAGAUAUCCCUGAAGUCAUUGAUGUUUUUAUUCCCUUACUGAAAACUAACGCAGUCCAAGAAAGAGAACUCGGUAUCGAGCUAGGAGAAUAUAAAGCUAGACUGACAUGGACAUCUAUGAAAAAGUUAUUGGUAAAAUCAAGAGUUAUUGCAACGUUUCCUACUGGGGUCAAACCACUAUUAAGAGUAGUUUGUGCUGGAGAUGAUAAAUGUUGGGUUAGCGAAAAGGGAAGAACCAUAAGAUGUGUUGAAAAACUUGGAUCCCUGCAUGAUACUGUAACACCAACAUUAAACUCCUCCAGUGAUAGCCCAGUACCAAAAGAAGAAGAACUAAUUUGUAUAUCAGUGAAUAAACAGGGAGAUCUGAUAUACAGCGAUUAUAAUAAUAGAACUGUAAGCCUUUACAGACAUGGGCGAUCAGAGGUAGUGAUCACCACACCAAAUGAUUGGAAACCAGCAGGACUGUGCACCACUAGAUCAGGAGACAUAUUGGUCAAUCUUUAUAAUGGAGAUCAAAACAAGAUUGUCCGAUAUCAGGGAGAGAAAGUCAAGCAGGAAAUAUUCAAAGACGAGAAUGACAAACCAAUCUAUGGAAGUGGUGAAUAUAUGUUGUUUGUAGCAGAGAACAGCAAUGGAGAUAUCUGUGCCUCUGACCGUAAUUCUGACGCUUUGGUAGUCUUGGACAAGACGGGAAGAUUCCGAUUCCAAUACUAUGGUACACCAGCCAAAAGGAAGGAAACAUUUAAUCCCAAUGAGCUGGUGACAGAUUCUCUGAGUCAGAUUAUUGUGACAGACUGGACCAACGACUGCCUACACAUUAUUGAUCACGAUGGACAGUUCCUGAGAUGUGUAGAUGACUGUGAUCUAUCUAGACCUCGCGGACUGAGUUUUGACAGUGAGGGGAAGUUGUGGGUGGGAUUGUAUGAAACAGGAGAAGUAAAGGUGAUCCAGUAUACGGAGUAAAGAGAUAGUGAAAAUCAUCUGAUGGUGAUGGCGUAAAACGUGUACUGUUGCUAAUAACAUGUUUAUUUUAUUUUUAUGAUUAUGAUAUAAAUUAUGAUAUUGAUUUUCACUCCUCCAUGGCACCUGAUCCCACCUCUGAUGU